AUGAAGACGACGGCGACAGCAUGGGCAGCCGCUCUGGCGGUCAUGUCCAUCAGUGGACCAUUCACAGUAGCGGAGGCUGCGCCCGCUCAACCUCAGCAACAGGACCAGGAACGACCCAAGUACUACUUUCCCCGGCAUGUGAAACGGCAAUACCCCAACAUCACCUCAUUCACAUCGAGCUCCUCAAGUACCAUCGACAGCAGUACGGUUAGCCCAAGUUAUGAGUCGACCACGAGCAACGGCGAAGGGCGGCCUCACGUCAGGCCCACUUCUGCGUUUGAAAGUUUAUUCGAGCCCUUGGUCGAUGCGAGUAGCAGUUCGAGUUGGUCCAGUUCGAGUUCAACUUCAUCCAGCUCUACGCCUCCGCCGCCGCUGCCGCCUCGAAACACCACAUCGAGCAGUUCAACGAGCUCCAGCACGCACCUCACAACAUCGACGAGCGAAGGUUCCACUACGGCACCACCAGGCUAUGAACAAUCAUCUUCUAGCUCGUCAUCUAGCUCAAGCGCUUCGCCACGCUUCAACCCGGAACCAUUGGGCAAUAUCACUUUGCCCAUAACUGGUCCCACUGGCGGCUCUUCUGCUCCAUACGGCUUGCCAUCCACUUCCCGCAAUGCCUUUAACCCGUUCAUUGCUGGCACUGGCUUGCCGUCGGUGGUUACUGUAUCCCCAUCGCCGGUCCCUACCAACUCCACAUCGACAAGCUCCUCACACUCCUCGCGUCCCUUCACGUACGGCAGCUCGCGAGAUGAGAGGCCACCGCCUGAGUCAAUCAUUCGCCCAACAUUUUCGGCCCAGUCGCAGAACACCACCACAUCGUCCACAUCAAGGACAGCUCAGUUUAACCCACCACGACCAGAAGGCACCGGCACGGGUAUUCCUCAGGUGAUUGUUCCUGCUACGUCUAGCAGCCGAACUGCUGCCAACUCGACGACAACGUCCUCCAGCACACGCGAAGCUCCGAUCAUUGUUGGCAUCUCGACCAUUCUGGAGAGCUCUGCUGUGGCCUCUGUUGUGCCCCCUCUUGGCACUGGGUCGCCACGUGUAAACACUACCGCCAAUGCGACAUCGGAAGCUACCAGCACGACCUCCAGCAAUGAUGGAGACGAUGGUAUAUUGGCUGGGCUCUUGCCAGGUUCAGACGAGACGAGUGCCUCUACCAAUGUUACUAGCAGUACUAGCACGACCAGAGAAGGCCUAGUGGGCGGCCUCCUACCGAACCCAACGGACUCCGGCUCGACUACAAGGCCUGAUCUUGGACUGCUCCCAAAUCCAACCGGGACAGGAUCUACGUUCGCAGUCACUGGCACGUCGCCUACACUUUCGCGACCAUCCGCAACAGGCACUACGGACACCAUCUCCAGCGUCGUGUCUUCUGUGAAGUCUGAGGUGUCCAGUGCUGCUUCGUCCAUCAUCUCAGAGGCAGGCGCCAACUCUACGACCGGCGAUGCAUCCAAAGCACUCGAGGAGCUCGCAUCGUCACUUAGUGUAGAGUUGUCGAGCGUUGCGGCUACCGCGACCGACUCUAAGGUCACUGCAUCAAUGGCGUCUGAGUUCUCCGGCAUCUUGUCCAGUGCGGCAGCAUCCAUCGCAGAGCACAACUCUACCUCCAGCCCAGCUUCAGUCAGCGCGACUGCCACUGUCGAGACUUACACUGGUACUGGCACGAGCGGUAGCUACACGCUGAGCACGAUCACAGGGACAGGUUCAGGCACGACUGUCAUUCCUAUCCCGCCGCUACCAACACCGACCUCUGACUCUUCGCGCACAUCGGGAUCAUCUGGCUCAUCCGCAUCUUCAUACGCCUCAUCCGAUCUGGCCAGCCUUUCGUCGCAGGCAUCGUCUCUGGCUUCAACGGCCACGGCUAAUGCCACCAGCACCGAGGGCUCGACACAUUCCACAUCUGUACCCCUGACGACUGGAGCAACGUUGACUCUGUCGAGCACUUCCUCGUACACAGCAUCAUCAGGCUCAGGGAAUGGAACAGAGCCUGCUACUGAGAGCGUUACGCCCACGGCUUCGUCUACCAGGCCAUCAUCAAGCGAGUCAUCCACAUCGCAGACCUUGAUCUUUGCUCCUACCACUUCAUCAACCGUCGCACCAAGCACGACAGCGACAACGACUGAGCCCACGAGCACCAGCUCUCGCAUAGUCUCAAUAGUGCCGACUGGAACAGAUACGGCCACGACUUACAGCAUUCCGUCUUCUUUGCAAUAUGCGCCGACUCUCACGCCAUCAGCAACGCCGACAGGCACUCAGACCGCAAGCCAGUUCGGUAUUGACAGUACCACGUCUACUGCAUCAACUGGCAUGCCCUCUGCUAUGCCAAGGCUUGUUCAACCUCCUGGUGGGAUGCCUCCAGCUCCGGACAACACCACUCUGAUCCAGAUUGGCUUCAAUUAUGGUCUGAAUUACGCCUUUGUUGUCAAGACUGACGACUCUGCCGCCCAAAUUUUCCAGUACCUACCUAUGGGUCUUGCGAGUGGCUUGGCGAUCCCAGUCGAGAAAGUGAGGAUGAACGCCCUUAUGCCUUUCGACACUUCGCAUACCUUGAGCUUCAUCACAACUCUGGCGCAAGCGUACAUCCCAGCGGACUUGGUCAACCAGCUUCAGCUCGAUUUGCACAACCCUGCCUCAAACAUCUACCAGAACGGCGACGCAACCGUGCAGCAGUUGAUGGCCAUGAUCAACCCUACCAUCCCGAUCCUUCCUGGGGCUAACCUGGAGGAAGGGACGCGCGAUGCACUUCCUAGUUACAACAACCCUUCAGGCGAAUCUACAUCCUCCAACCCACGUGGUGGAGGUGCGCCUAUUGGUGGCGACUCCGGUAGCUCCCAGAAGGUCAACCGUACCUCAGUCGGUAUUGGUGUCGGCGCUGUCGCCGGUGCCGCUGUGUACGCAGCGGCCAUGUUCUACGUCGCCCGACGCUACCGCAAGAAGAGGGCAUCCCACUCCCGCACCAGCUCCGUACCAACUGCUGCACUCGGCGAGAUGAGCCAACGCGGCUCUCCAGCACUGUCCGGCGGCGGUAUGGGCAGCUACUUCAUGUCCGGCGCCAACGGUCGCGGAUCAGCGUCAUCACCCAGUGGUAGCAACAAUGGGCGAGGGAACAGCUACGGUAGCGGCAGUGGUGGAAGAGGAAGCAGAAACAGCGGCGGUAGCGGCAAUAACCGCAGUGUGCGAGAACAGGGUAUUAGUGCGCCUGUCAUGGCUGAGAAUAGCUUGGGAUGGAAUUAG